AGAUGGCCUUGUCGUUGCAGUCGAAUCAGAAUUCCAGAGGAGUCUCGGUAAGAUCGCUGUCGAGUAUGCGUGAAGAGUCACUACCGAUGUUGGCGGAAAGACUGUUAGCGAGCCGAGCCGCCGCCUUAGUGGCAGGUCUACCAGCAGAACUUUAUUCAGGAGCAUUGCUAGCCGCCUGGCCGCCGUCGCCGCCUGCACCAUUAUUACCUCCACCUGCACCCGAGUUGGAGCGAGCACGCAAACGUCGACGUACACCAAAACUCGAUGAUACUUCAUCAAAUGCACCACCUUCGCCUCCAUCAUCUGGAUCUUCACCCGGAGCUACUGAUCCACCUAGAGACAAACUAUUUACAUGCAAAGUUUGCUCCAGGUCCUUCGGCUACAAACAUGUCCUUCAGAAUCAUGAACGCACGCAUACCGGUGAGAAACCGUUUGAAUGUGGCGAAUGCCACAAACGCUUUACACGUGACCAUCACUUGAAAACGCACCUUCGCCUUCAUACUGGAGAGAAACCCUACAGUUGCCCGCAUUGUCCACGUCACUUUGUACAAGUCGCUAAUCUGAGGCGACAUCUCCGCGUUCAUACUGGCGAACGUCCGUAUGCGUGCGCACGCUGUCCCGCUCGGUUUUCAGAUUCAAAUCAACUCAAAGCUCAUGCACUAGUACACGAAGGAGAUGCGCCAUUUGCAUGCCGUUGUGGUGCUAGAUUUAGGCGGCGGCAGGCCGCCGCUCUUCACCGAUGCUCAGGUAGUGGUUGUGAACCUGGCACACCGAGCCCCCCAGCAACCGUUGCGCCUGAUUGGCGCUGGGAUGAGUGGCCUGAACAAACAGAACCAGAAGACUUGUCACUUCCACGAAGACCGGCGACGCCAGAUUCGCCAACUGACUUACGCAUGCACUCUGCGUAG